AUGAGUACAGAAAGCACUCCGGAUUCGAUCGCUUCUGUUGCGGCUGAUUGGUCUGGCCGAGGCUCGCACGUCGACUUUGAGACCGAUGAAACAGUUCCUUUGCAGCAGGGAAGAUUCCUUGGACACGGCGUCAAUGGGGGUGUGUACGAGACCACUUGCAAGGGUGUGGCUCUAGCGUGGAAGAGGAGCUAUUGCCGUGGUUUGAUUGGCCCUGAAGAACGGAAAGAAAUCGAGGUUUUAAAGAAGUUAAGCCACUGUCACAUCAUCGAGCUGGUCGGAACCUACUCACACGGUCCAUUCCUUGGGUUACUGCUCUGGCCCGUUGCUGUGUGUGAUCUCGGAAUCUUUAUGGAAGACUGCGAUGUUUUCGAGUUCCAUUACCACAGGGGACCGCUGGAUAACAGGGCACUUCGGCAUGACGACGCAACCGAUCUCGCCAAACGCGAACCUCAAAUUCAACGGAUGCUAGGCCACUUCGAUCAAUUGGGUCUUCAACUAAACCCGUUUUUCACUGGGAGCGAAAGCUUCAGUCGUCUGGCUAGUCAACUGGGUCAGGGACUAAGCCCAUUUUCCACGUAUUCCAGAAUCUUGAGCGAGAGCUUCGGAUGUCUUGCUCAAGCUAUAGCAUACCUGCAUGAGCAGCGCAUACGACAUAAGGACCUUAAACCAUCAAACAUCCUUCUUUACCGGGAAGGACUACGCGUAACCGACUUCGGCACCUCUACCGACUUCUCCGCCCUAACAGUGAGUCUUACUGAGAACGGAGAGCGCGGAACGCCGAAAUACUUUGCCCCUGAAGUUGCAGCGUUUAAGCCGAAUGGCCGGGCGGCGGAUAUAUUCUCCCUUGGUUGCAUUUUCUUAGAGAUGCUCUUGCUGUUAGUCAAGGCAGCGCCUAUGGAUGCUUUCAAGGCCCUUCGCCCAGAGGAUGACCGUUCUUUCCAAGCCAACCUUCAUAGGCGGCACCAGUGGUAUAGACUGCUACAUGUUCGCGGACCAGUUCUCGAGCAUUUGUUGGCCGAGAUCAAAAUGAUGAUUGCUGUCGAGCCUAGUCGAAGACCAACUGCAGCAGAACUAGUUGAGCAUUUGACGCUUAUCAAUUGGUUCACAAGGGAAAGCGAUGUCGCACUUUGGGGCGAGUGCUGUGCUCCUGCCAAUCCCUCGCUCAGCUCCGUAGCAGCAGCUACCGAUUCUUUGCAGAAUCAAUUGCACGCUCGGACGAAAGAGCUGGAACUUGCGCGGGUGGAUGCGGCGCUUGCGAGAUUUGAUGCAGAUCUAUUGAGAACGCAGAACGCAGACCUUACGGUUAAGGUUAGGACAGCAGAGCUCCAGACAUCCAUCCUGCAUAAAGUGCUUGCAGCAAAACCUGCUGGGGUCGACACCGCUCAGGCGACGGGGAUGGGCUUUGAUAUUCUUGAACCCAAAACGGAAGAGAUGGAAGAGAGCUACGUGAAUACAGCGCAUCCAGAAUGGAAAUCUGAAAUCUACGCAUGGAAACCCGGGAAGGAGGUACCGCCCCUGCCCAGAGCCGAUGCCUCACAGCCAGUCGGUACUGUACAGCCUACCAAUACUGUAUCUUCUGGCAAGUCACCUUAUAGAUAUCAUCUCGGUCGAUGGGCAUUAGCAAAACUCACGCCGCAGGUUUCCGACUCGAGCGACGAGUUCCAUGAUCAAUUCAACACAGCUAAUGACAUGGAUUUGCCAGUGUCUACCAAUCAAACGGGUUGCUCGCCAGUCACUCCACCGGUCCCAUCUGCGAUAUUCACCGUCGAUCCGACCACAACUACCAUUCAAUACCCAAUUAGGGUGACCAAACCGCCGCCCGCGCUCAAGCACAACGGCAAGACCCUUAGCAGCAGUCUACGUCCGAAAAACCAAGCGAACCUCCCACGCUUCGGAUUCACGAAAUCCAUAACGACCGCCUCGCCUGCGCGCGAUAGUCAAGCAGCGAAGUGUGCGACAAAUCGUCUAGAACAGACAUCUGAACCUGCCAGAGAGAGGGAUGACGACCACGGUGAGGACAUAGUGUCGGUGCCCGUCCGCAAGAUCACGAGCCAGAGAGACGCAAGCGUCGCACAGUACUGGACGGCAGCAAUGAUAGUGAAAACGGCCAUGGUACGGCACUCCGAUCCCCCGGCUAACGAGGACGAUGCCUCGGACGACACCGACGGCGACACUAUGCCGCGGCCGUCGCCUGCUUCCAUGGCACGCGCUUCAGGUUCCAAGGCCGUGGGUCAUGACACCAACGAUAUCGAGGGCGCCACUAUGCAGCCGUCUUCGCGCACUUCCGUUCAACGCCCCGCAGCUAUUAAGGUCAAGGGUGCCAGUGGAAAUAGUACCGAGAAGCGGGGCCCUGAAUAUUGCUUCCCAGGAGUCUUGAAGUAUGGCCGACGUAUGGCUCUGCAAGUCAAAGGUGGGGUCACGCUCGAGGCCAGUACGUCCGACGACUGGAUGGUAGCUUCAAGGCUGUACAGUGCUAGAGCAGACAAACUCAAUUCGGAGACACUUUUCGAACCAACACUGGAGCCCCCUCACACGAACAUGAUCAUCCUAAGGCCGACCACGUCCGAGGGCGGAUAA